AGACAAGUAUCAGGGCUGCUCCGAACGUCAGCCUCCUGUGCUGUGCCGUCGAACCGCGGCAGCAGAGGUUGAACCUUCCUACUGAUGUCCCAUUACAUGCUGUGGGAGCAGCGGUGAUGGGGAGGAAAUGGAAAACAAACGCGCGCCGCUCCUUCCCGACCCCGCCGCCGAGCGACCAAGUCGGCUGCCGACGCACGAAGGCGGAGCGGGGCCGUCUGACGGCUGCGCGUCGGGAGAGCUGAUUGGCUCUUACUCUUUGGAGCGGGACUUUGGGGCGGGGCGGGGCCUGCCCAGAAUGAUCGGCGCGGAGGGCGCAGGGAGCUGCAGUCGUGCCGCUGAGCGGCGAGCGGAGGGGGCGGCGGAGGUGCGGGAGCGGCGGGCGGGCCUUCGGUCAAGUUGGUGGGUACUCCUCCGGAAGGCGAUGGAUCAUGCCAGAGCAGCAUUGUCUAACUUGUUCAGUGCCGAGCCGAUGUCGUACACACGUUUCAGCAUUGCCAGGCAAACGGAUGGAGACAACAGCCACGUGGAGAUGAAGCUGUCUGCUGAUGAUGAGGAAGGAGUGGAUAUUGAAAGGCCAGAGCACGUGCAUGACAGUAUGGCUCAGCCACAGAGAAAUGGCAAGAAACUCUGCUUCCUAGUCAUUGCAGCUGUUCUCCUCCUUUUGAUCGGGUUUCUCAUUGGCUACUUGAGUUACCGUGGACGAGUGCAGCUGGCUGCCAGGUGUCAAGAUGGAAGUGGCAGGUGUGAGAUAACUCCUACUGCAUCUUACCUAGUGGAUGGUGAUGAAACUGUGGAAGAAGAGAUUCAGGGACCACCUGUCAUUUACUGGCCUCAACUAAAAUCCAUGUUGUCAGAUAAGCUGUCAGCCAAGCACCUUGAAAACAGGUUGAGGCAAAGGGCAGGAUUGGACUCCUUUGAGGCUGGUGAGACUGAAGAUACGAACAUGGCCACUUACAUUCAUGACCAAUUCAACAGCUUCUCCUUGGAUAAAGUGUGGAAUGAUGAACACUAUGUUAAGUUGCAAGUCAGAGGCAGCACCAAGAACAAAGUGUCUGUUUUGAUCGAUGAUAGCGAGGAGACCUUGGAGACUCCAGAUGCAUACGUGGCAUACAGUGAGAGUGGCUCUGUUUCUGGCAAACCUGUCUAUGUGAACUAUGGACUGAAAAAAGAUAUUGAGACGAUACAGAAGUCAGUGACUCCACUGAAUGGAACCAUAGUCAUUGUCAGAGCUGGAAAAAUAACACUUGCUGAGAAGGUUGCGAAUGCCAAAGAGGCAGGAGCAGUUGGAGUCCUCAUGUACGUGGAUUCACUCAAGUAUGGGAUAACAGAGACACUUAUUCCAUUCGGACAUGCCCACCUUGGAACUGGAGACCCUUACACCCCAGGCUUCCCUUCAUUCAACCACACCCAGUUUCCACCAGUUGAAUCUUCAGGACUACCCCACAUUGCUGUUCAGACCAUCUCCAGCAGUGCAGCAGCCAACCUGUUCAGCAAAAUGGAUGGAGUCUCGUGCUCUGACGAUUGGAAAGGUGGGAUCCAUUCCUGUAAGGUGACAACAAAGCAGGAGAGCAAGAUAAUGGUGAAACUAGAUGUGAACAAUUCCAUGAAAGACAGGAAGAUUCUGAACAUCUUUGGUGCUAUCCAAGGAUCUGAAGAACCAGAUCGGUAUGUUGUGAUUGGAGCCCAGAGAGAUUCCUGGGGCCCAGGAGUGGCUAAAGCUGGCACUGGAACUGCUAUAUUGUUGGAACUUGCCCGUGUGAUCUCAGACAUAGUGAAAAGUGAGGGCUACAAACCAAGGCGAAGCAUCAUCUUUGCUAGCUGGAGUGCAGGAGACUAUGGAGCUGUGGGUGCUACUGAAUGGCUGGAGGGGUACUCUGCCAUGCUGCAUGCCAAAGCUUUCGCUUACAUCAACUUGGAUUCUGCAGUCCUGGGAGCAAAUCAUGUCAAGAUUUCUGCCAGCCCCUUGCUGUACAUGCUGCUGGAGAGAGUUAUGAAGGGGGUGAAGGAUCCAGCACAAGGAUCAAGAAGUCUCUUGGACAGAGUUGGCUCGGACUGGGUAAAAGCAGUUGUUCCUCUUGGCCUGGAUAAUGCAGCAUUCCCUUUCCUGACGUACUCAGGAAUUCCAGUGGUGUCUUUUGGUUUCUACAAUAAAAAUGAGGAAUAUUAUUUCCUGAAUACUAAGGAUGACACACUGGAGAACCUGAGGAAAAUUGACAAUCUGGAUGCUCUUUUGCGUGCUGCUGCAGAAGUAGCUGGACAAGUAGCUCUCAGGCUGACCCAUGAUCACGAGCUCUUCCUGGACUUUGGGAGAUACGGUGAAGAAUUACUGGCAUACCAGGAGAAGUUCUUGCCUUACGUUAAGGAUGUGCAGGAGCUGGGGUUGACCUUGGACUGGCUGUUUUUUGCCCGUGGUGACUUCCAGCGAGCUGCAGAUGCACUGAGAAGAGACAUUGCAAACAGUGACAGGGAGAACAAGGUCAUCCGCAGAGCCCUGAAUGACAGGAUCAUGAAGGUGGAGUAUGACUUCCUGUCACCGUAUCUCUCACCAAAAGAUGUUCCCUUCCGUCACGUCUUCUUCGGCAGAGGCACCCACACUCUGCAGAGUCUGGUGGAGCAUCUGCAGCUGUUGAAAACCAGCAAGAGCAACGUGGAUCUGAACUUGCUGAAGGAGCAGCUGGCCCUAGCAACGUGGACCAUUAAAGGGGCUGCUAACGCCUUGGGAGGUGAUAUCUGGGAUACUGACAAUGAAUUCUAGACACACUGCAAACACCUGGUUAAGGUACAAGGUUAGGGAAACCCACUCCCUACCACAGCAUUAUUUUUCUGUAGAGGGCUUUUGGUUUUUUUUUUUUUUUUU